AUGUUUGGAAACACUGCGCAGCGCGCCCUUGCCCGCGACAACACACAUUAUAGGACCAAUGAUAUUAAAUACCCUAGAUACACCACACUGCGCAAUCAUCUUACGGAGCUCCGUGGAUCGUCCAAUGUACCUUUUGAACAGGUUUCGGGCAUGAUUUUGUUCGUGUUGGUGUAUCUAGGUUAUUACGUGGUCGAAAUCCCCGAUGAGACACGCCAAGAGGCUAAGCCUUUUCAAGUCUACUGGAAUGUCCCGACGAUGCAGUGCAAAUCCAAGAAGAUCCCUUUCGAGAACCUGUACGAACGAUACGGGAUCAUACAAAACACGGGUGAUUCCUUCAGAGGAGACGAGAUAGCUAUACUUUACGACCCUGGAGUGUUCCCGGCGCUUCUGAAGAAUGAAACGAGCGGGAAGUUCAAGUUUAGGAACGGUGGAGUCCCACAGGAAGGAGAUCUGGAGAAGCACUGGAGCGCUUUCAGAAAAGUCCUGGAGCAGAGCAUUCCUGAUCCGGAGUUCAGUGGUAUCGGCAUCAUUGACUUCGAGUCCUGGCGGCCGAUAUUCCGCCAGAACUUCGGAGUCCUCGCACCAUACAAAGACUUCUCCUACCAGAUAGAGAGGAAACUGCACUGGUUCUGGCCCGAGAAGGCGAUACAAGCUAAGGCUCGGCAGCGUUUUGAAGAAGCUGCGCGUUCCUUCAUGCUGAGCACCCUCGUCAUAGCGCGUGAGAUGCGACCGCGCGCCGCGUGGGGGUACUACGCCUUCCCCUACUGCUUCAACACACCCUCCACGGCCAGUGGAAGCUGCUCUAGUACCGUAAAGGAGGAGAACGACAAGCUAGGAUGGUUAUGGCGUGAAAGCACAGCAUUAUACCCAUCAACCUACCUCUCACGCGGAGUAAGCGCGGUCACAGCUGCCAGUUUAGUUCAAGCGCGGGUACUGGAGGCAUCACGUUUGAAGCGACAAGCGCCAAUAAUGCCGUACUUCUGGUACCGGUACAGAGAAGGCGGGUUUCUCACAAAGGAUGUACUUGACGCCGUCAUUAAAACUUUCUACAACUCAAACGCAUCAGGCUUCAUAAUAUGGGGCAGCUCCAAUGAUGUCAACACGGCUGAAAAAUGUAAAAAUCUUCUCAAUUACACCGAAGAAGUUCUGGGACCUGCCAUCGCUAAGUAUACUAAACUACGAGAAGUAAUAAGCACCAACAAAGUAAGACCUCUAACGGAACCUCCAAACACUGACGUAACAUCAAGUGAAAAAUAUCAAACAGCUAAUAACAAUAAAACGAAUGGCUUAGAUUAUUCCACGCACAACAUACAUCAUUCAUGGUUCGCAAUGGAAAAUAACACGCAACAAAUAAUUAAUAACGAGCAAAACUUUAACAAAACAAAUAACAUUACUAAUGGAAAUGGUAACCUCAUGCACAUAAAAAGAAAUACUCUGAUAGAAUUGUUAUUUAAUAUAUUGCUUCAGAAAGACUCUAUGAAGGAUGAUGAGAGUGAAGAGGAAAUUGAAAAUGAUGGUGUAACCGAUGAGAUAAUAGAAAAUCUAAUUUUAAACCAUAGUUCUCCUAGCUUGUCUACUACUGAAUCUAGUGUACUCAGCGCUAAUGACACAUCUGGGAUAACUUUGUCAAUAACCAGUGUAACUACAAUAAAUCCAUUAAAUACGACAACAGAUAUUGUUGACAAGACCUAUCCAUUAACUGAAACGCAAAACACAACUUCUUCUGUAGGAAAUCAAGUAAAUACUACAACAUCAAUUAAAAAUUAUACAAAUGAAAAUAGUUUUUCAGACAUUAGUAGCUCUACAAAUCAGUUUACUAACAGAAAAUAUCAAGUACCUGACACAGAUAAAUCAGUUAAUUAUGAAUAUAAUACCUUCGAAACAAUGAGUGAAAAAAUUAGUACUAGUAUCAUAAAUUCUACAGAAGAGUCUGUGACGGUUAAAGUCAAUGAAGUUGUUAAACCAGUUCAUUAUGAAGAUACUACCUUCAGUACAGUAAGUGAAAAAAAUAGUACUACUGUCAUAAAUAUUACAGAAGAGUCUGUGACGGAUAAAGUCAAGGAAGUUGUUAAACCAGUCAAUUAUGAAGAUAAUACCUUCGAUACAGUAAGUGAGAAAAUAAGUACUAGUGCCAUAAAUACUACGGAAAAGUCUGUGACCGAUGAAGUCAAAGAAGUUUUUUCUGAAACAAAUUUAACAAAUGAGGAUAAAUACGACGAAAAUAGUUUUACAAACAUAACGACAAUCCCACCUACUACAUUGGAAAAUCAAGUAUCUGCCACAAUUAAAUCAGAUCAAAAUAAUAUCUCAGAAAUAGUAAAUGAGAAUAAAGAAACUAUUAUCAUAAAUAACACAGAAAAAUCUGGAACUGAUACAGUCACAGAGUUUGUUUCUGAGACAAAUUUAACAAACCAAGAUAAAUAUGCUAUCAAUAAGAAUAUUAGUAAUACUAUUGAAAACACUGUUAAACCAGAAUAUUUCUUAGAUAUCAGUAAUAUAACUAACCUUAUGACUAUUUUUACUACAAAUGAAACAAAUACUGCAAUGAACAGUUAUCCACCUUCACAAUCCGACUCUUCGACCACGUCUAAUUUAUUAUAUAUUCUUAGUACUACUUAUAAACCAGUCACUUCAAUUGAAACAAGUGAUAUCAUAACACAGACAAAAGUAGAAAAGAAAGGUUACCACUGGGAUUAUAACAAUUAUUUUACUUCAUCAAAAUACGAUUUAAUAAUAACAACCGAUAAUGACAAAAUAACAACAGAAGACACAUCAGUUGAGUCAACGUCAACAGUAAAUUUAAAAGAUGAUAAUAUAACAAAUAAUGAUUUCACAACUGAAAAUUCUUCAUCGAGUCCAAAAGUAGACUUUGUAACUGAGCCCGUUUUCAGAGUAGAUGAAAAGUCAGAUAGCAAUCGAGAUAUUGAUUAUGAAGGAGAGGAUUUAAUAAAUAACGAACAAUCGUCUCUUAUAGAAUAUAUAGAAACUAAGAAUAGUAACAAUAUUAUAAUGCCCAAAAAUGCAAAGAAGAGCUUCCACGAAGAUGUUAAUUUUAGUGACGGAACGACAGAACAAAUAAACGACAGUUUCAAUGAAAGCGGAAAUUUUCUUGAAGAAAACGAUGAAAAUGAACUAAAUAGCUUUUCUGGAGAAACGACGACUGAUUCCGUAAGACUACUGGCUUUUUAGAAAAUGCCUUGCUGCGCACUCAAGCAUGCUUUUUCACAUUACAAAUAAAACCGAAAGAGUGGGCUGGUUUUUUGUUUGUCAACAUCACUUUUAUGUUU